UGUCUCUAGACAUACGCGUGCUGCGUUAUGGCAGCUGAGGGGAGGACAGCCCAGCAGCAGCGGGACUCCGCGUCCGCCCCGGCCAGGGCGGGCUGACCCCCGGCACCAGCCCGCGGGGUCCCCGCUGCGGUGCCGCGCCCGCCCAGGGCACGGCUGGAAGGAAACGUCCUCCUUGCGUAACCGGCCGCGACAGCCUCCCCGGCGCGGGGAACACCGAGUGACAGCGGCGUCUGGCGCGCUGCUGCGGGGAGCGAAGCCACCACACCGCGGGACUGAACCCCGAGCCCAGAAAUGAAGAAGGUUUUGUGCGUGGAGCCCGUUAUUUUCAUCUACAUGUUCGCGUCUUCCUUGACCAGCCCGCUGUCACAACAGUUCGUCUACCGGCGGCUGUGGGAGCAGGAGUACAACUCCACCUUCAUAAGCAGCAAUGUUUCUCACUGCGAGCUCAAUAAAAGUAGCCAGUCUUACAUCAAGCAAAAGGAAGUUCAGGAGAAAGUCUCUCUUUUUACUAUGCAGUUAGAUUUAACUGGGUCAGUUCCCAGCCUUAUUGUUGCCUUUGUCAUUGUAGCUAAUGGAGAUCGCCAGGGACGCAAAAGGUCUUUAGUUUUACCAUCAAUAGGAGCUUUGAUUUCUAGUAUUUCCCUCACUGUAAUAUCAUAUUUUUCCUUGUCACUCUCUGUUCUAUUUGUGGUUGCAUUUAUUACUGGACUGUUUGGGAGUAUGGCAACUUUCCUUGGAGGAGGCUUUGCUUUUAUAGCAGAUGUGUGUCAUGAUGAGAAGCAGAAGACAACACGAAUAGCUGUGGUGGAUUUGAUUUUUGGAGUUGUGUCUGGAUUGGCAGGACUGUCAUCUGGCUACUUUCUAAGAGGAAUAGGAUUUACAUGGACAUUUGUGACAGCAUCUCUGCUUCAUGUCGUUAAUAUUAUCUAUAUUAUAUUUCUUCUCGAAGAUAUAGUAGGCGCAUCUGAAUUCCAGCACCAAGCACCAGUAUCUUAUAAAGAACUUCUGAGAGAGACAUUUUCUGGAGUGUACAUGCUUUUUAAAACUGCCCCUUGUAAAAAGAGAAUUUUAAUAAUUGUGCUACUUUUUACAUUUAUGACUUAUUUUUUUACUAUGAUUGGUGGGACUUCACUUUUUACGCUGUAUGAACUGGAUGAGCCACUCUGCUGGAAUGAAGUGUACAUUGGAUAUGGAGCAGCUGCAUUCACUUCUGUCUCUUUGACCAGCUUUUUAGGAGUUUAUUUAUUUUCUAAAUGUCUGAAAGACAUUUAUAUUGUCUUUAUCGGGAUAUUUUCUUACAUUGGAGGAAUGGUCAUGGCUGCCUUUGCCAAAACUACCCUGCUCAUGUUUUUAGUAAGAGUGCCAUCUUUGCUCUGCUUUAUGCCUAUUCCUGUUCUCCGGUCCAUGCUGUCAAAAGUGGUUCUCCCUGGUGAGCAGGGAGCUGUGUUUGCGUGUAUUGCCUGUUUAGAAGUUGUGACUGGCACAAUUUCACUUUCAGUUUUUAACCUUCUCUAUGCAGCUACUGUUGCAUGGUUUUCAGGCUUUAGCUUCCUCCUAUCAGCAGGCCUCUGUGCAAUUCCACUGGCUGUCCUGUGCUGGCUUCUGUGCACAAGCUGGAACGGAGAGGACUUGGCUCUGCUUGUACCUGAAGAAGUAUCCAGCAUAGAGAGCGUUGAUAGUUGAACAAAGGAUUCACCUAUCUGGGUUUUCUAAUCUGACAUGCAGUGGCAGAGACCAUUAUGUCAUGCAGACCAUAGAGAUAACACAAGAGUUGCAGAUGCAAUCUCAAAAUGGCCCUACAGCAAUAAGCACUAAUGUGGUAGCACUCUUUAUCCAGUCUCUUAGCACUUGAAUAAAGCUAGCUCUUACACUUAAUUAUGCAAAUAGGCUGGCAGUGGAGAAAAAAAAUAAGGUAGGAUGAUAUUCUCUUUCCACUUACCCUUUCUCAAGUCUGAGAAUGUCAGCUGUGGAUUGUGAUACAUCUUCUAUCAUUCUAAGUGGGGUGACAGAGAUAAACUUCUCAACUAAGAGGGUGCUGACAAUUCUGCUGAAGCCAGUGGAGCUCAUGCCAGCUGAGGAUGUGUGCAUCUUAAAAGGCUUGUUUUAAUGGCGAAGCUCUCAAACUUGUCUAAAUUUACUAAAUUAAAAGGUCCUUUUUUCAGAAAGCAAACAAACUGGAGGCAGUACUUGCACGUGCUGUAAGUAGACUUACUGCUCUGCUGUUAGCAGUGUUUGUGCAAGUGUAAUGUAUGAUGUAUGGACCUUGCCUGUGACUUAGUUCUUAAAAUGGAUUUUCACACAGAACCCUCACACUGGGAAAAUUUCCAGCUUGAAGAAUGUGCAAUUAGGCCUGUGCCUAUAUUCUGUAGAGACCAUAUUGCACAUUUAUUUUUAUCAUUUUCCAUGUAUUAGAGACUGCACACAGACACCUCUAUUUCUGUCCCACAUAUAUUUCUUGUUUUCUAGUUAAGUUGUCUGUACUUCAGCUUAAAUGUUUCUUCUAGUGAAAGGCUGUGAUAGUAUUUCCUUGCAGGGGAUCUUUGAUUAUUAUUUUAACAACCCUGAAAUGAGGUGGCCAAAUCUGAAUAAUGCAUCUAAUCAUCUUGUAAUGUAUGCAGCAUGAUUUAUGAGCACUUGAACAGCAUUUCUCAUCUUCAGAGCACUUCACAAAUGCUAUCAAGGAUCUCCUUCCAUAAUAGAUGUUACCUUCCCUGUUGCACAGAGAUAGAAAUCAGAAAAGAGGACAAGCGACUUGCCCAGGGUGACAAAACCUGCAGUUUCUGAAUUGACUUUUCACCUUCUCACUUGAGAUCUAUAAGCAGAAAUUAUCCAGAGUAUUAGCUUCUGGAUGCACAGCAGAAGUGUAAAUAUAACACCAUGUUAAGGACCACUCCCAUGUGUUUUUUUCAGAGAGAGCUGGACAGCUAAUACUGUUCUGAUCCCGGAAAGUACAGGUGGGUUAUAUAUAUAUGACUCUCUUCCCCCAAAACAGGUUAGGUAGAGAAAUCAAAAUAGCAUAAAGGGGUUGACAUUCUUAGAAGGAAAACUCUAGGAUAGCAACUAUGAUGAGGGAACUGACUUCACAUGCACACAACAUGGGAUAAAAAUGACACAGCAUAUACUGCAGAAUCAAUGAUCUGCUUGCAGCCAGUAAUACCCAUCACAUGAGCAAAGUACUCUUCAGAGCUUCUCAGUGGUACACUGCCAAAAAAAUUAGUACCACAUCAUGGUACUCUUGUAGUUCCUUUUUGUUUGACUGACACCAGUAUUUCUUAAGCUAUAUUAUACUUGUGUACGGAUCACUGGGAAGUUUGGAAGAAGGUUCAUGUAAGGUAAAGGAGAGUUUACUCUAGGAGACUCACUGGUGAAAAGAGUGCAGUUUAUCCAGGACAGUGGAAGGAAUAUUUACACAGCUAAUAAUUACAGCCAGCUCUUAAACUUCUGUCCUGAACUACCAAGGCUGAUGUUGGCAAGUAAAGAUUAUUAGCUUUUCCUACCUAAUUUAGACACUGGCCAAUAAAUAAAACUACUUAACUCUCUUCCCUUGAGGUGCCCAGUUUGCUCCCAACUUGUUGGAGAAGCAGGCUCAGUUUUACAAUAAUCAGUGGGUCCAAAACAUAAUGAGUACUUUUAGAGAGAUUAAGAAAACACUGAUGUAAAGGAUUUCAGCACAAAGAUUACAUUGUCGUCCUUGCCUCUUCAUUAUGCAGUUAUGUAAGGCUUUUGGAAAUUAACUGUUUCACACAAAACUGCCUGGAAAUAGUAAAGCAAACUAAGAAGGGGUGUGUGCCUUCACUUCUUUUCAGUGUGCACCUCUGCUAGCACUCAGAAGGCAGAAACAAAGCAAGUCUGUUCCACAGUGGCCUUGUGUCAGUCCAAAUGAGAACAAGUACAUACAGAUCAGGAAUGGCUUUGUUAUGGUCUGAUUUUGCUGUACGAAGUACCUGCUGUUUACAAAGUAAUUCUGGUAGAUGUAGCAUUUAGAACUGUCUGUAAGUUCAGGUCAAAAGACAUGAAAGAUGUGAACAGUGUUUUUAAAGUGCCUAGCAUGGUACAGGCUGAGGAAACUAGGCACUAAUGCACUUUGGAUUAUUAAAUAAAAAUCUUCUAAGUUUAUAAUAGUUAUAUUUGUAUAUAAAUGCAAACUAUUUUGACAUAAAUUAAUAAUGAAGUUUGUUGUUUUAAGCUCUAUGUUGCAUUUGAAGUUCUUGCAUUGUUUUUUGACAAAUGGCCAAUGGAUGACUGGUGGAGGAAUGUUUAUAUAAACAGAAGCAGCAGCACUA